AUGAACAAGUAUAUAGUUUUGAAAGAUGGCCGAACCUACACCUUGCUUCCUAUGUCACCAUCUCAAGUGCAUGAAGACCAAGUGAGGAUCUUAAAAUCAGUUGAGGAAAAGAAAGAUUGGAGAGAAAAUUUGAGAGAGGCCGAGCUUGAUGAGAGGAAAAAUGAGAGGAGAGUGAGAGCAAAAGAAGUAAAAGAAAAAGAAAAGAGUGAGGGCUCAGGGCAAAAGGAGAGUAGAGAGAAGAAAAUGAGUUUGUAUGUGAGAGGAAAAGAAGUGAGGGAAGCCUUACAAGGGGGGAGACCUUUUUGUGUGCUUAUGUACCGAGAGGUGAAUUUAUAUUUAUCUGACAUUGACCAAAACUUACCUAGUGGUGUUGUUUCUUUGUUGCAGGAAUUUGAGGAUGUGUUUCCAGAUGAUCUUCCUUCGAGUUUGCCACUAAUUCGGGGGAUAGAACACCAAAUUGACCUCAUUCUGGGUGCUCCAAUUCCAAACAGACCAGCAUAUAGGAGUAAUCCUGAGGAGACAAAAGAACUACAAAGGCAAGUGGAGGAACUUUUGGCAAAUGGCUAUGUGCGUGAAAGUAUGAGUCCAUGUGUGGUUCCAGUGCUCCUUGUACCAAAGAAGGAUGGGACAUUAAGCAUGUGCGUAGAUUGCCAUGCUAUCAACAAAAUCAUGUUAAAGUAUCGACAUCCCAUUUCUUGA